AUGGAAGAAAUCAGCAAUGUAAAAAGGGUCUUGGAUGAAAAGUUUAAAAUCAAGGAUAUCGGUAGAUUGAAGUACUUUUUAAGACUAGAAUUUGCUCAUAAUUCAAAAGGGUUGGUAAUUUGCCAACGCAAGUACACAUUAGACCUUUUAGAAGAAUUUGGUAUGUUGGGGGCCAAGCCAGCAAGCACUCCUAUGCAAUAUUCAGUUGUCCUCUCCAAGAAUUUAGGGACGAAGCUGAGUGAUUCACUACGGUACAGGAAGCUAGUUGGUAGGUUGUUAUAUCUCACCAACACUCGACCAGAUAUUUCGUAUGCUGUAGGAUAUUUGAGCCAAUGUCUCAACUGUCCCACUGAUCAACAUUUUCAAGCAGGUCUCCAUGUGCUUCGGUAUCUCAAGGGUAAUUCGAGUUCAGGGUUGUUUUUUGCCAAAGACAAUAACUUGAAACUCACAGGGUUUGUUGAUUCGGACUGGACAAUUUGCCCAGAUAUUAGAAGAUCUGUAACUGAUUAUUAUUAUUUUUUGGGUGGAACUCUUGUAUGUUGGCACAGCAGGAAGUAA